AGAAAGGAUGGGCAAAGUAAAAGGACAAAUAGAAGAGAGGGGGAACUGGGGCAGUAAAACAGAGUUUAUUCUAGCUGUGGCAGGGAUUGUGAUUGGACUGGGUAAUGUGUGGAGGUUUCCUUAUCUCUGCUACAAGAAUGGAGGAGGGGCAUUCCUAGUACCCUACCUGGUGUUUGUGGUGACCUGUGGGGUGCCUCUGUUCCUGCUAGAGACGGCUAUGGGACAGUACACACAGGAAGGAGGCAUUACAUGUUGGCAUCGCCUCUGUCCACUGGCUGAAGGUAUUGGUUAUGCUGGACAGCUGAUAGUGCUGUACAGCUGCAUGUAUUAUAUCAUCAUUCUGGCCUGGGCGCUUUUCUACCUCGCAUUCUCUUUCAGUUCCCAACUGCCGUGGGCCAGUUGUGACAAUAUCUGGAACACAGAUGCUUGUGUGAAUUUAGCUGAAAACAAAUUGAACCUAAGCACACCAAUGCUGCUUAAUUCAACCUCUUCCGUUACGGAGUUCUGGCAGCAUAGAGUGCUGGCUUUGUCUGGAGGUAUUGAGAAGGUCGGUAAGAUCAACUGGGAGAUUCUUCUGUGUCUCAUUGUGAUGUGGAUCAUAUGUUAUUUCUGUGUCUGGAAAGGAGUCAAAUCUACAGGCAAGGUGGUGUAUUUCACAGCUACAUUUCCUUACGUGAUGCUGCUUGUGUUGCUGAUUCGUGGUUUGACUCUUCCUGGAGCUCUGCAGGGGGUUGUGUUUUACUUGUACCCUGAACCAGCCCGCCUUGCUGACCCACAGGUGUGGAUGGAAGCAGGAGCUCAGAUCUUCUUCUCUUAUGCUUUGGGUACAGCCUCUCUUACUGUAUUAGGAAGCUACAAUAAAUAUAACUACAACUGCUACAGGUCCAGUUUAUGGCUUUGCCUGCUGAACAGCAGUACCAGUGUCAUAGCUGGUUUUGCUGUCUUCUCAGUCUUGGGCUUCAUGGCCCAAAAGCAAGGUCUCCCCAUUGAGGAGGUAGCUGAAUCAGGUCCAGGUCUAGCAUUCAUUGCUUAUCCACAGGCAGUAGCUAUGAUGCCUUUCCCUCAAUUGUGGGCUGCUUGUUUCUUCAUCAUGAUUAUUUUGUUGGGUCUAGACACACAGUUUGUUGCUAUGGAAGUUUUCAUGACCUCAGUGAUCGAUCUGUUCCCCACGGUGCUGCGCAAAGCUGGACGUCGAGAAAUAUUCCUUCUGCUUUUCUGUCUGUUUUGCUUCUUUGGUCAACUUGUGAUGGUUACAGAGGGGGGGAUGUAUGUGUUCCAGUUGUUUGACUACUAUGCCUGCAGUGGAGCCUGUCUUCUCUUCCUUUGUGUGUUUGAAUCUCUAGCCAUGGGUUGGGUCUUUGGAGCUGAGAAGAUGUUUGGCAUCAUUGAGGACAUGACAAACUCACGACCCAACUAUUGGUUUAUGCUGUGCUGGAAAUACCUAACUCCUAUUGUGUCCCUAGCAUCUUUUGUCUGUUCUUUGGUGAAGUACAAGCCCUUGACUUUUAACCGCUGGUAUGUGUACCCGGACUGGGCAUAUGUACUUGGCUGGUUGCUGGCUCUGUCCUCCAUUCUACUGGUGCCUGGAUGGGCGCUGGGACGAAUGUUUGCUGGUAAAGGAAGCAUAAAACAGCGUUGGAGUCACCUGUGUAGUCCUGAUACAAAUCCACAUUUUGCCUGUAAGAUACAAAAUAAAAGACAUGAAAAGACCCCUGUCACAGAGAUGGAAGACUUGUUCAGGAGCAACACAAACUAA